GAGACUACCAUCACAACAGUCGCGAAGAGGUACAUGCACGCUGCCCAGCUUGCUCGCAUCCCAUCGAGGCUCGUCAUUCGUGAUUUUGUUUGAGAUUCGAGGCUCACGCCUUUCACAGCAUCGUCUUCAACGCACGGCCAGCAAGAUGACGGACGCCGAUCGUGUAGACGCUUCGACGUCUUCGAGCGCCUCGAGCACGACCAGCUACUUUCCGAUACCUCGAUGGGUUGCUCAGAUAUUCAUGCAUUUCCCCUUGGUCCUGCACGACUCUGCCAAAGUCUACGACCCGCACUCGCAAGUCCUACCAGUGUACGGCGUUCCCAGCUCUUCCUCUUCUUCUCCUUCCACCUCCAGCGACCAGACCGAAGUCGAGCAGCAAGAAUCGUUCGCUGGGACUUUGUACGUAAAACGUUGGCACCCCAGACCUAGACAUGGUAGAGAUGGUAAGAGAGAGGACAAAAGAGGCUGGGCUAGCUCGGAUGUGGAUUGCUUGGAGGCGCAAAUGCUGCUCUUGGCUACGCAGAGAUCAUUUCACGUCAUGUACUUGGAGGAUGAGGUGGAUGAAAGCUGGGGACCUGGCGGCGAAUUACCUUUUCUGCAAACUUCUACAGGUGGUUUAAUCAGCAAGAAAGAUGUCAGGAACCAUCUUGCCCCUUAUUUGCCUCAUCAAGCCAGCGCGCAGGAAGCGAGUGCGACGCUUUCCGAAAAAGAGAUGCUUGCGAGUGGAUCUUCGGCUGCGCCGUACGAGGACGCAGCGACGCUGCACGAAUCGCACGCUUGGGCAUCGCUCAUUACGAGGCAAAUCUUAGCUGGUGUUCUCCUUCUUCAACUCCACACCCGAGCUCUCGCACCUCCCAAACCAAAGUCCCACGGCUUCCUCUCUGCACCUCUGCACUCCCGUCUGGCCCACAAUCGACGUCGUCUCCUUCAACGAAGAAUAUACAGCCUAUCCAAUAGCGACGCUUCUUCCACUUCUUUCCCUUUAAGCAGAGUGCCAGGAUGGGGAAUGAAUCUGAGCUUGGAUGGAUUGCUGGGAUCGGUAGCGCUACCUGGCGAAGAAGAGGAUGAGGCAGAACAGGACGGACAGAGAGCGGCGUCCCGCGGAACAGAGCUGAGCCUGCUGGAGGAGAGCCGAGUGUUUAGCAGGGCGAGCGAGGGGAUUAGAGCUGUUGCCCAGAGAUUCGAGCAGCAGGACGAUCGAGAUGCGGCGCAACGAGUUGGCAAAGCACGCGAGAGCAGAGAUGCGCCGAUCAGAUGGUUCUUGGGCGCCAAAUGCGCGACGCCAUUGGAUUGCGCGCUCUUUGCAUGCCUGCACACCAUCCUCUCUCUGCCCACAUUCGCACCCAGAAGCAGCGCUCAUGACCAAGCAGCCCGCUUUGUUGAGCGGCAAGAGCAGGAUAAGGCACAGGCGGAUCUGAGAAAGACGAUAGAGGAUCACCCGGUGCUUUUGAGAUGGACGAGAAGCGUUUGGAAAGAGAAGGUGAAGCCUUUGGGAGGAUGACUCAGAUUGGUUGGUGUAGCGAAGCCUGACUGUACGUUUAAUCUGCAUGUUUGCGGAAUGGACCGCAUCAUCAUGAAAACUCCCCC